AUGGCUUAUUCCCCGUACGAUCCCUCGAUCACUAGCUCCAUUCUCGGUCCAAACCCGCGUAUACUCACACUGGGCUUGCCCAAUUCCGAGUAUCCAUCCAACCCAUCGAUCCAGAGGAUCACAACUUCACCGAUUCCGAAGCCUGAUGUCCCGGAGAGUGUCAAGUCGUGGCUGAGAGCUGGUCAAAUUGUAGACUAUCUUGACAUCUUCGUGUCAAACUCCGAGAGGAAGAUCGGGAGAUCGAGAUCGAGAUCGAGAUUCUCAAUAACAGACCGUUCACAUUGGGAUAAUAUCAAGGCCGAGGACUCUUUCUGCGACACUCCAACAGGAAUGCUAUCCGGUAUUACAGUUGGGCAUUCAAAGCCCCAGGAUCUUCCGACAUGGCACACUGAUUCCACUCAUCAAUGGCUUGACGAUUUUGAGGAUCCGUAG